UGUCCCCAAAUCUUUUUGCAACUUCUUUCUUCUUCAUAUUCUUCUCACCGUGAAGGCGUCGUCACCGCCGAUGUUAUUAUCUCCGGCGAUGUUUUCUGAUCAUCACUGCUUUACUCUUACUGCGAGAAUGUCAGAUUCUGAUGAAGCUAAAACGUCGGAGGAAGAAUCUCAACUUGCUGAGCAAGAAACAGAGACUCAAGAAGGUGAAAUGACUAAAAACUUAAAGAAAAGAGAUCUUGAUGCAGUAGAAGAUGAAGAUUCGAAUAACGAAAGCUCCAGAUUAGAGAAACUAGAGAAGAAGAUAAAAAAAGAAACAGCGAGGAAGCUUGAAACUGACUUUGUGCUAACAGGGGAAGAGGAUGAUGAUGCAUUGCCCUUAGCCUGUUCCAUUUGCCAAAACCCAUUCUUGGAUCCUGUUGUCACCAACUGCAACCAUUACUUCUGCGACAAGUGUGCUCUAAAGCAUCACACUGAGAACGAUACUUGUUUUGUGUGUAACGAGCCAACUCUAGGGCUUUUCGACACAGCCGUGGAGAUCAAGGAAAGAAUAGAGGAAGAACGUGAGAAAGCCAGAGCCAUGGUAAAGGAAGUGACAGCAAUGUUAGAAAAGGCAUCGACAAUGGCGGAUGACGCCAAGGGCGUAGCGCAAAAGGUUGUAAAAAUGGUGGAGGAGAUUGAAACAAUGGUGGAAAAAGUGGCGGCUAUGGCCACAAAGGCGGGAGAAACGGCGACAAUGGCGGCAGAUAUGGUGAAAGAAGCUGAGGAGACGAUGGAAACAGCUAAAGCUAAUAUGUCCAAAGCCUUUGUGGUAAUGAAGUCGGUGAAUUGGAACGUGUAAAUCGGGUCAAAACAGAGUUUUAUUGUGAUCUCAUGCUGACAUCAGCUACAAUCUUUAUCUAAUAAGAUAGAUUCUCACAAGAUUCUUUUAUCUAUCUACUUUUUAGAGAAG